AUGCAGCGGUGCCGGGGCCGCGCGCUGGGCAUCUCGGUGGCGGUGGCGCACGGGGUCUUCUCGGGCUCGCUCAACAUCCUGCUGAAGUUUCUCAUCAGCCGUUACCACUUCGCCUUCCUGACGCUGCUGCAGUGCCUGACCAGCUCCACGGCGGCGCUCAGCCUGGAGGUGCUGCGGCGCCGGGGCGCCCUCGACCUGCCGCCCUUCGGCUUCAGCCUGGCGCGCCUCUUCGCCGGGGUCACGGUGCUCUCCACGCUGCAGUCCAGCCUCACCCUCUGGUCCCUGCGCGGCCUCAGCCUGCCCAUGUACGUGGUCUUCAAGCGGUGCCUGCCCCUCGUCACGCUCCUCAUCGGCGUCCUGGUGCUCAAGAACGGCAUCCCCUCCCUCGGCGUCUCCGUGGCCGUCCUCAUCACCACCUGCGGGGCCGCGCUGCCAGGCGCUGGUGACCUGACUGGGGAUCCCCUUGGGUACGUGACUGGAGUGCUCGCUGUAUUGGUGCAUGCAGCAUAUUUGGUGCUCAUUCAGAAGACGAGUGCCGACAGUGACUAUGGGCCCCUGACAGCCCAGUAUGUCAUUGCUGUCUCAGCCACCCCGUUUCUCAUUGUCUUUGCCUUUGCCAGCAUGGAUGCCAUCAAUGUCUGGUCCUUCCCUGGGUGGAAAGAUCCUGUUAUGACAUGCAUCUUUAUUGCAUGUGUCUUCAUUGGUUGUGCCAUGAAUUUUACUACUCUUCACUGCACUUACAUCAACUCAGCUGUAACCACCAGUUUUGUUGGGGUCGUGAAAAGCAUUGCUACCAUCACUGUCGGGAUGGUGGCAUUCAACGACGUUGAGCCCACAAAACUGUUUAUAGCAGGUGUGGUUGUAAAUACUGUGGGCUCUGUCAUUUAUUGUGUGGCCAAGUAUAUCGAAACAAGAAAACAAAGUAAUUAUGAAGACCUGGAAAAGGAAAUUAGAGAGGAGGAGAAGAAAGAAUGUGAGGAAAAUCAGCCGCCCUUUCUAAUGGAGGAGAUACCCACGGAGCCUGGGGAUACAACAACAGAAGAGCCAUGGAAUGAAAGGAAUCAGCAAACUGUGGAGGAAAAGGACAACACUGUGGGGGAUUUAAAUGCAUCUGCUGUCCCUGAUGAUGGCAGCUCUGAAGGACUUAACAAAAGCUCUUUAAAGGAUGCUUAUCUUGGAAUAUGGAGAUUGGUUAGGGGGGCAAAGUACAUGAAGAAAGAUUAUUUAGUAGAGAAUGAGGAACUACCAAGUCCUUGAAGAAUCAUUGCUUAGCAAAUCAUAGUCAAGGAUAUAUGUAAUGUAUUCUUUAUGGUGGGAGUACAGAUGGUUUCACAGACACAUCUCAAUUGUUUAUUAGAAAGAUUUUACCUCAUAACAAAGCAGAAGCAUGAUGUUCAUGCUUAGGUUUAGUGAAAUUCCAUUUUUCAGUGGGUUAUUUCAAUUUUCCACCCAAAUCAGGCCUAGACCAGAAAAUAGACACCCUCAACAUUCGAAGGCAAAGUUUUGUAUUCAGAGAUGUCAGCUGGAUGACACUCUCGGUGUGUUCUGCAGUAAGCACCCUUUGAAGGAGUAGUGGGAUUGUUCAUAUUUGUUAAGAGCAUGAUCCACAGAAGCAAAUGCUAAAAAUAUUUGUUCUUCAGCUAAUUCAAAGGGAAGUAUCACUACAUUCCCUGUGAUUGGUUAGGUGGCAAGGAAGUGGAAGAGAUGUAUGUGAUCUCUUUCACGGCUCCUACAUAUAAUUUUUUGAAUUCUUGCGCACCACAGUGUCCCACCUGCUAAGAAGGCUGAAAGAUUUUACUUUGUUUUUGCCUCUGCCAUGUUUGUUGACAAGGUGAGAGAGGUGUGGGAGGGGGAAUGAGCUGUUUAGACUCCAACCUGCCUCAGAAUUUUCUCAGCUAGUUUAUUUUUAUUUAGUAUUUAUGGUAACAGAUGUAUACACACACAUGUGCCAAGAAUCCUGUGUUUUCUGUACAACAUGGAAGUCAAGUGCUGUUAUUUUAGAAAACAUAUUUUUUAAAAUAUAGAAUAUGUGCUUUAAAUUAUCAUAAGAAUACAAGAACUUAAGAAGAACCUUGCAGGAUCAGGCUUAACGACAAUCUAAUUCAACAAACUGCUUCCUACACUGGCUACCCUGAUGACUCAAGGAACCUUACAAGCAGUCCCAGCUUCUGGUAGUCAGAGGCAAAUGACUUUUGAAUACGGAGGUUCCAUCAGAGCCUGAAAAAGUUACUUUUCUGUAUUCUCUUUCUCUCAGAAUUUCCCAGCCAGUAUGAACAGUGGCUAUGCUACUGGAAGGUUCUGAGAGCUGUACUCAUAAAAGGUAUCUUUUCCAAGUUCAGGAUGCUACGUAGCUGUUAAAACAUCUUCCAGGAAUAUUGAUGUGUUUCAUUUAUUUAGCCAAAGAGAGUAACUGUGAGAACAUAGCAGUGGUUAAAGGCAAGUACAUUAAAACAAAACAAUAUAAGAGAGUCAAUACCCAACAGCCCACAUGCUUUCAUAUGCUAAAGGGCUGCUGAAUUAAAAUAUCUUUGCCUCCCAAGGGAAGGACAGCAGAAAGGUAACAAACCUAGCUUCGCUUGGUGAGGAGUUCCAGCUGCCUGCAAGCAGCCAUUGAAAAGGCUUUUUCUCACAUCUGCAGCAACCUCACUAAUGCUGGCAGGACUAUGAAAAGGGCCUUCCCCAAAGAUCUUAAAACCUUGGCAGUAGGUCUAUUCAGGCAUUAUACAUUUGUCAGGUCAUGUGCACUUACUGCAGAUAGAGGGGAGUCCUAUUGCCCCACUUCCUGCAUUUCUCAUUUACUUUCUUUAACAUGGGGAGUGAUGAAGCAGGGAUUCUCUUCUACUGUACCCAUGGGCGCUCAGCCGAUCAGUUGGGAAUCUGAUUUUCCAGGGUCCUGACUCAAAUGGAAACUGUCCAUAGAUAGUGAAGCUCACCCCUUUCAUGACUCAUUGCCCUCCAUGUGUUAGGGAUCAAUGAAGCUGGAAACUGAGGUGGGUAGGGUCAAGUGCUCUUGCUACCUGCAGUGAGUAUACACAGAUUCAUGGCACCUGAUGUCCAAAGAUAUCUCGACUAUCAACCACAUAUACUUGGUCAAUAAAUUCUACACACUGUAUGAAGUACAUUUACCUUACCUCAGAAACGUGCUCACCAUUUUGUAAUGUUUAUAAUCUAGUACCUACCAGCUAUUUUUGACUACAGUUCCCACAUCAUGCUGACUGGGAGUUAUAUUUUAAACCUCUGGAGGAAACUGUGUCUAGGAAGGCUGUGUUACAAGAUGGCAGUAUUUUAAACUAAGGGGUGUUCAUAGAAAGUAGUUGCCUGCCAGUGUGGAUGCAGAAAAACUUCUGCAUGCAACUGAAACCUUGCAAUAAGAGGAAAGGGCCAAAACCAUAUACUGUAUGGGCCUCACAGAAAGUAGCAGAAAUGCUGUGUUAUUUCUUAUAUAGAACACCUCAUGCAUUUACCUUUCCUAUUCUUCCAUUGCUUGAUUUUCCACAUCACAUCCCCAAAUCCGCAGCCCAUUGCUAUUUACUUGCAGCCUUUCUGUCCCUUCUUCCUCAUGUAGGAUGCAUUGGGUAGGAUGUGUUCAUUGCCCGAGAAGAUUACCUUAUGCGGGGACUGAUUUAAGCCAGUCCCUGCUGUAAACACUGAGUAGUAAGGUCAUAAGUGGCUCAUUAUUUUAGCACCUGUAAAGUCUGGUAUGAGUCUUCUCUCCUUACUCAGACUCUGAACUGGCUACCAUGAAGCAGAGUUAGGAGGUUGAAACAUACACACAAAAAAUGAUAGUGGGCUCCUGCAGGGCAUGAAAAAAAAAUCCCUUUGUUUUGGACUACAUCUCUCAGACUCACCAAGCCAGGAUAAUCUGGGAAUUGUGGUUCAACACCCCUCAUUGUUCCAGUUAUGCUUUCACUGCUUGAAUGACAUCAAACUGAACAGGGAAAAGAAAGGAAAUUAAAAGUAGAUUAAGUUUAUUUAUUUACUUCUCAAAUGUGUUUCAAACUCUUGGUUGUCCUUAGUCACACUCCUGUGCAGCUGUUGUCCCUAGGUGCAUUUCCAGACAAAAAUUCUGUAUCACAAUUACCCUGCCUCAUUCACAGAAUUGUGUGAGUGUGUAUCCAGAAAUACUAAUCAUCUUGAUUCCCUCUAUUGUUUUCCUACAUAUGCUGCAGUAGUGUAAAAUAACCUGGUGAAAAAUGUUAUGCAAAAGUGCUUCUAAGGAAAAGCAACUGUUCAAAAUAUGUUGGGCUUAAAUCAAUAGCUCCCACUGCUGGUGCCCUGGGUGUGGGUGGGUCUCUCCCUGCCUUCCUCUGUGAUAGAUGCCUUCCUGCUUUUCUUUCACACACCUAACCAACACAUAGAACAAGUUUUCCAUGUUUCCACAGUAGCUCCACAAAUUGGUUUUACCCUAAAACUUGCUACAGCUCUAUUCAGCAUUAUUUUUUGUGGUGGGGGGGCACAAGAGUUGGCUGGCCCACUUUCUCCUUCCAGCAGUUGUUUGUCCGGAUGAGAAGCACUACGCACCUGUGUAUGGCUCUCCUUCCUACACGGCGAUUAAAGAUUCUGAGAUCAUGUUUAAUUUCUGCUUCUAGCAUUCCUGGCAGCAGCUAUCAUGAGCCAAACUAUAUGUUACAAAUAACCCGUUGGGGCAGUGCAAGCUGUCGCACUGCCUGAGGUAAAAGGAAGCACAGUGCGGCUGGCCAUACUGUUGCCUCUCCCUCAUGAUGUGCAGCAACAUUUAUGCUGCCGUGCCAGUGAGGUGGAGGCCUACUGGAUAGGCACCACAGAAGGAAGUGGCAGUGGUGGUAGACACAACGUGAGCUGCUGCAGCAGCAAUAAAAGGGUAUCAGGUCAGAGAAAGAGGAGGAGAGGAGCCAUAGAGGCAGAGGGGGGGUGGCACCCCUUCACUGUGUCAGGCAAAGAUAACAGGAAGAAAGAGGAAGAGGGGGGAAAAAACAGCCACUCUACUUGCACUCGUGCCUAGCUGAUUGAAGGGUACUGGGGAAGACAUGGCUAAAAAGAGGACUAUGCAUGCGUGAUUUCUCUCUCUCUCUCUUCCCCCCCCCAACCCGCUCUCUUAACCAUCCCUUCCUCAACAUGUUGGUUCAAAGAUUAUGAGAGCCAAGAAUUAUUCACAUGUCUCUCUAUCUUCCUGAAGCAGCGAAGUGAAAGCUAGCUUCACUGCCUCCCGUGCUUCAAUCACUUCAUUCUGCCUAGUGGCUGGCCCACCUGGCCUUGUAAUUCACCAUUAGGUCUGAAAUCAUGCUAAUGUGCAAAAGAUAUAAUUUAUGGCCGAGAAAUUAGAUUUAUAACGAAGGGAUUUGCUUAUGACAUGCAGAUGAAUCACAAAAUAAAGUCAGCUAAAUUGCAGGUUAGCAGAUUAGAUGGGGCAAAAUGUUGCUGUGAUUAUCAUUCCCAAAGGAGUGUUGUAGUGCAGUGGUUAAACUGCAGUACUGCCAUGAAGACUCUCUCCACAAACUGAAUUUGAUCCUGGUCUCAGGUAGGCCUGAGAUUGGCUCAACCUUCCAUCCUUCCUUGGUCAGUAACUUGAGUAUCCAACUCACUGGGGGGGGGGGCAAUGUAUAGCCUGCAUAAUUAUAUUGGAGAGUGCUUUAAGCACUGUGGGGUGGUAUAUAAGCAGCAUGGAUUGCCUUGCUUUGCUAUCAUCACUUGAGGAAUUCCAUCUUCUUGGUUUUCUGUGAUGUAUAGUUUAGCCCUUAGUAAUAGCAAGGAUACAUUGAGGGGUGGGGGUUUACAAAUAAAUUGCUUAGAGGGCCAGUUCAAGACAUUUUACUAUCCCAACUCUGCGCCCCUUAGUGACUGAAUAAUUUGUAUAAUGACACUUCGCAUCAGUAAGGGUGGAGGAACACGACUGGCAAAUAGCUUGCUCAGAUAGAAGGAUCUUAGUGUAUUGAUAGAGGAACAAUGAAGCCCAAUGAACUGAGUAUGGAAACCUGGACUAUUGUUUUCCAGAGAUCUCUUCAGCAGCUAUGAGUUCAUUAGCAAGCAAUGUUGCAGACAGCCAAGAUAAGGUGGAAAGAAUUAACUUGGGUUAGGAGAUAUUAACCACUGAUAUAACCCAUCCCAUAAUUUAUGCAUUAAUGGUCUGACUUGAUACACUGAAGACUGAUAAAUCCACGUUGUCAUUGUUUUAUCAUUACUUAAGUCAUUUUAAAGUCCAUGUAUUAUUUGUGUAUUUAUUUCACUGAACCGCUUAUGCCAGAAUAUUAACAUUAGGCAUAGUUCAGUCAGUUUGGAAAGAUCCCUGCUAGUUUGGAAUCUGCCUAGGCCAAUGCACACAACAGUAAUUCUAUGUCCCUUUUUAUGGUGGGCUCACCCAGGCAGAGUGCUUGUUCUCCCCCACUUUGCACGAGUGCUGAUUCUUCCUGGUGCUGAAUCUUGCCAGGAUUCCUAUCCACAUGUAUUUCUUAAACCUCAUCUCUCUCCUAAAAUCAGCAUAUUUUAGAGAAAUGACUCAAAAAUAUUUUAAAAAGCUUGAAGAAGAAAUUUAAAAAUUGUGUUGUGUUUUUUAAAAAAAGAACUAUUUUUGAUAGUGUCUGAUGUGAGCCCUUCGUAGCAGAGCUCACUCUGCUGCUAAUAAAUCAGUUGUCCUUGAAACCAACUCUUUCAAAAAUGUUGAGGAAACCGUUUAAAAAGUAUUGUCUCUGCUGGUUUGUUCAUCUGAACAUUAGUGCCAACAUUGGAAGCACCUGAUGCAGAUGCAAUUGCUGCAUGAGCUCCAUUUAUGAUAGUACAGAGCAAAACAACAAUAAAGAGGAGGUAGUUUUUUUAAAAAAAAGGUUAAAAUACAAGAUCCUUGUGAUUCUUUGUCAUCAUUUGUACCCAUUCAUAAGACUUGAAUUUUCUGAAUGGAAGGGAAAAAAUAUUGGAUAUCCUCAAGGCACAGUCUGGUUGCAUAUAAGGGAAUAAAUGCUCCAUCCAGAUGAGCCCAGUGUUUAGCCUGCCAUGGAACAGUAUCCUAUGCUAAUCAGAGUUCUUUUGCUAAACCCCUGUUGCCUGGGUGGCACAGAAGAAUGUGCUGUGGAUUGCUAGCUGUCCGCCUAUACAUUAUGGUGCCUUUUCCAUGUGCUUUGCAGGAAAGUCCCAGUUUGCAGCUUUAAAGUUCUACCAGAAACACACAGAAAUAUUAACAAUGUUGGACUUCUAAAAAUGUGUCAGUGAAAAUUUUGUACAAGAUACCAUCAUGCUCCAUCUCUGUUUGAAGCUUAAUGUGGGUGUAUUAGAAUUCCCAGCUUUCAAGAUGGGGAUUUGGCAAGUGCAGCCCAGUGUGAUUUGUUUUGUUUCUAAUAAAGGAGAUUGUUGUAAAGUAAUUGAAUAGAAAUGUUGCCUUGUGCGGAGGCAUUUUAAUUGCAUCGAUG